UUUCAGAUAUUUUGUUUCAGAGAAAAAUUUCAACAAAAUCUGUUUAGAAAAUGGAUUCUAAAUUAAAAGUUCUCAUAACGGCGUGUUUUCUAAUUUCUCCAGGUUCCACGCAAUCUUCUGUUUAUCAGGGUUGCGGACAGGAUAAAAGUUGUUUUGGUUCUCCUUCAGGGUGUGAGAAGACAAAUAAUUGUGACUACAUGUACACAUGGAAAAGAGUUGGAGAUAAAAUGGAAUGGGAAAGCUACCGCAAGGGAACAGGAUACACUGCAAUUGGUGUGUCCAAAGAUUCAAAAAUGGGAGAGGACAUCAUGUUUGUUUGUUCGCAGGCUGGAGUAAAAGAGUAUGUUGCAACAGGAAGAGUAACGCCGAACCUUAUUACUGACAACGCUCCUUCUCUGAUUAGUAAAUCGUCAGUGAACGGGGAAAUGUACUGCAAAUUUCAAAGUGGGUUAAAGUUAGCUGCCAGUUCAGCAAGUCUAACUAUGGACCUAUCUACAACUAGUUUUUAUCUACUGUUAGCAAAGGGUGAUGGGGAGAUGUCAUAUCAUACUCAGUUUAAAGCAUCAACAGCGUCCCCUGUAUCCUUGAACACAGUUGGUGGGGUGUAUAGUGAAUCUAAGAUAAUGAUACAGCUCCAUGGUCUUUUUAUGGUAGUUGCCUGGGUGGGGUGCGCAGGAAUUGGAAAAAUCAUUGCUAAACACUUCAAACAAACCUGGAAGGGCUCCAAAGUGUUUGGAGCUGAUGUUUGGUUUCAGUUACACAGAACACUUAUGACACUUGUUGUUCUGUUUACUAUUAUUGGACUAAUACUCAUCAUGGUGUAUGAAGGAGGAUGGCAUUAUACGGCAGAGGAAAUUAGAAAAAACCCUCAUCCAGCCCUAGGGUUAGUAGUCGUCAUUCUUUCUUUGAUUCAACCAGUAAUGGCAGCCUUUAGACCUGCACCAGGGAAGAGCUGCAAAAGAAUGACAUUCUUUGUGUUUCACUCAAUGUUUGGAGCAGCUGCCUUUGCCCUCAGUAUGACUACAUUGUUUCAAGCACAACAUUUAGACGACCUUAGUUUGACAUUCCAAGGUUUUGCAGUUCCUCUCAUUGUUUACGUUGUGGGAUAUGGUGCCACUCAGAUUAUUCUAACAAUACAAAGUUGUUUUAAUAAGAAUGAACGCGAGGAAAUUAUAGAUGAGGACGCACCUGGGUCUGCUAUAAGGAAAAUAGUCCUGUUAGGAUUUACACUCCUCUCCAUAGCUGUUGCAAUUUCUUUGGUGGUUGCUAUUUUUCAGUCAGCUUAGAUCAUAGAGGGCGUACAUAAUUUUGAGGAGGUUUCUGUGUACGCCAUUAUAUUAUAUUCACCAAUUCUCAAGGCUAAAUGAUUUCAUUAUUUGUGAUCGAUCAAAGAAACACAACAUUUUUCUUUUUCAGUGCCGCAGUUAGGCUAUUUUUGUCUAUUUUUGAAGUAUGUAUAAAAAAUAGAAGAAAACAACUUUUUAAACAUUUAAACAUGUGAGAAAUGUUUUAUUUGUUUAUGUCAUUGUAAUUGUAAAAGCUUCGAACUGGCGCGCGUUAAUUAGUACAUCGACCUAUCUUACGUGUUCAUUAAAUUCUGUCCCUGGAGAAAUAAAUGUUUUCUUUGUUUU